GUUGCUGAAAAGUCGUCAACAGUCCACGGCCGGUUUCGCUCUUCUUUAGACUCAUCAGGUAGGCGCAGCCCCCGAGUUUCCGUCAAAAUUGUAUUUUACUUAAAACCGAAUUGCACGGAUUUGGCGAAAUACACUCAUUUGCAAACUGAUUUGGUUUUGCGAGAGACCCACCUAAAACCCAGCAGAAUCUCUCGUACGACAACCACACGUGUACAAUUCGUAACCGUUCCUUCAGGCACUGCUUCAUUCGUCCACAUAAAAAGAACUUCUUCCAUCGGAUCUAGUUCUCUCAAAUACAAAUCCUCAAUGAAUUAUUACAUAGACAUAAAAGAUUCAGCUGCACUUUUGAACGGCAUUUCUGGCAUCGACGUACCAUUCGACCAUUUGGCGUUACCCCAAUCCAACAUGUAUCAUCCCUCCUCUUCGCUCACCAAAUUCAACAACUACUUACCUAUUUUCAACUACACAUCUACUUCUAACCUCCCUUGA